AAUGACUUUGUGGCUGUGGUAACUAGUGACGACUGAACGCAAGACGCCUUUGUUGUUCCUUCGAUUAAACAGAAGUCGGGGAAAUGAUGUCUACUUGGUAGCUAGCGAUUUAUUGUUGUAAAUUAGCUAGAACACUAUGGACGAUCCAAAGCCGUUUGAUACGAUGUAAAAUUAACUUGGUCCGUGGAAACAUCGACGGUCUUGGUUACUUGACGAAAGCUAGCUAGGAGUUGUGUUGAGAUUGGAAGCGGAAGGAAAUUCGAAGGGGAAAAUCCGUGGUAGGACGUGGGAUGCAUUGCGCAAGUUGGAAGAAAGACUUUCCCGAUGUUAUGCGACAAAUGGGUUUCACAACUCGUGAAAGCGGGGGGUUAUUUUAUUAAUAUCAAGUUAUAGGAAUCGGUUGGUACUGUUGGUUGAGACAUAUUUCAUAACUGUCAGAAGCGAGCGACGUAAAGUAGCUAGCUACAGUACUGUAGGUAUUGAUAGUUAGCUAGCUAGACUUUUAAAAUGGCGGAAGCCUGGCCCAGACCCCCGGCCCUCAUUUUGUUGUUGAGUUUGAGUGCCUGCUGGGAAGUGGAUUCCUGCCCUGCUCGGUGRUCUUGUAUAAGGGGAUCAGACGAAAUCCAAAUCCUGGAUUGUAAUAGGAAAAGGUUGUCCUCGGCCCCUCUGGAUCCACCUCACGGGAUUACUCAUCUCACUAUGAAUCACAAUGAUCUGACAACUGUUCCAUACCUUGGAGAAGUUACCUCAAACAUCACAACACUCUUAUUGGUCCACAACCUGAUCUCAGAACUGUGGAUGCAUCAGCUGCAGCUGUACAUCUCCUUGGAGACACUUGAUCUGUCAUCUAACUCUAUCUCAGAGAUCAAGGCUGGAGCCUUCCCACCAAUGCAGCUGAAAUACUUGAAUUUAAGCAAUAACAAGAUCAGUGUCCUUGAACCUGGCUGCUUUGACAACAUCUCUAGUUCCCUGCUGGUCCUGAAGCUGAACAGGAACAGAAUAACACUGCUGCCAUGCAAAGUAUUCAGGCUUCCCCAGCUGCAGUUUCUGGAAUUAAAGCGCAACAAGAUCAAGAUAGUGGACAGUCUGACCUUCAAAGGGAUGGACUUACUGAAAUCACUGAAGAUGCAGCGGAAUGGCAUAACUAAGCUGAUGGAUGGUGCUUUCUUUGGGCUCAACAACAUGGAGGAGCUAGAGCUGGAGCACAACAACUUGACGGAGGUCAACAAAGGCUGGCUGUAUGGCCUGCACAUGCUGCGUGUGCUGCGGUUCAGCCAGAACGCCAUCGGCAUCAUCCGACCAGACGCCUGGGAGUUCUGCCAAAAGCUGGAGGAACUAGAUCUGUCCUUCAACCACCUGACCCGGCUGGAGGAGACAGCGUUCAGUGGACUGGGUCUUCUGGAGAACCUGAAUCUGGGAGAUAACUCGGUCAGCCACCUGGGAGAGGGAGUCUUCAGCAGCCUGGCCAAUCUGCGCUCACUAGACAUACGGGAUAAUGAAAUCUCUUGGGCCAUUGAGGACUCCAUUGGUGUGUUUGUUGGAAUGAAGAAACUGAACACCUUGAUUCUCCAGCAGAACAAGAUCAAAUCUAUCACAAAGAAGGCCUUUGAGGGUCUGGAGGAGCUUGAGCACCUAGACCUGAGCAAGAAUGGGAUCAUGUCCAUCCACCCUGAUUCUUUGUCUCACAUGAAGCUGAAAGUGUUUGUCCUGAACACUAGCAGCCUGCUUUGUGACUGCCAGCUGCAGUGGCUGGGCCCGUGGUUGACUGACAACCACUUCCUGCAGUCUGUCUCAGUCAUGUGUGCCCACCCUGCCAGCCUGCUGGGCCGCAACGUUGUGUCUGUCAGCCUGGAGGAGCUCGUCUGUGAUGACUUCCCGAAGCCCCGGAUCACAGAGCACCCUGAGACUGCCACCGCCCUGCGUGGGACCAAUGUGACUCUGAGCUGCCUGGCGUCCAGCAGCAGUGACUCCCCCAUGACCACGGCCUGGAGGAAGGACGGGGAGGUGCUGUAUGAUGCAGAGGUGCAGAACUACGCCCGCUACCAGGAGGGAGAGUUGAUCUACACCACCGUGCUGCACCUGCUCAACGUCAACUUCACAGACGAGGGACGCUACCAGUGUGUAGUUUCCAACCAUUUUGGUGCCAACUACUCCAACCGGGCCAAGCUCACAGUCAAUGAGCUACCAUCCUUCCUGAAGACUCCCAUGGAUCUGACCAUCCGUACAGGCACCAUGGCCAGGCUGGAGUGUGCUGCCGAGGGUCACCCCUCACCCCAGAUUGCCUGGCAGAAAGACGGGGGCACAGACUUCCCUGCUGCCCGGGAGAGAAGGAUACACGUCAUGCCUGACGAUGACAUCUUCUUCAUUGCCAAUGUAAAGACGGAGGACAUGGGUGUGUACAGCUGCACAGCCCAGAAUGUUGCAGGAAGCUUGUCAGCCAACGCUACACUCACUGUGCUAGAAACUCCGUUCUUAAUGCGUCACAUGGAGGACAGGACAGUAGCUCGUGGGGAGACGGCGGUGCUCCAGUGUAUUGCAGGGGGCAGCCCUGCGCCCCGUCUCAACUGGACCAAGGACGACGGGCCCCUGGUCCUUACCGAGCGCCACUUCUUUGCUGCUGCCAACCAGUUGCUCAUCAUUGUGGACACGGGGCCGGCGGACACCGGGAAGUACACAUGUAUCAUGUCCAACACGCUGGGCACGAAGCGCGGCCACAUCUACCUCAGCGUGUCGCCAUCGCCCAACUGUGACACGGCCGGCGGCUACGACCAGGACGGCUGGACCACGGUGGGCAUCGUGGUGAUCGUAGUGGUCUGCUGCGUGGUGGGCACCUCGCUGGUCUGGGUCAUCGUCAUCUACCACAUGCGUCGGAAGAGCGAGGACUACAGCAUCACCAACACAGAUGAGCUGAACCUGCCGGCAGACAUCCCCAGCUACCUGUCCUCUCAGCGCACACUGUCAGAGCCUCAAGAGGGAUACAGCAACUCUGAAGCAGGGAGCCACCAACAGCUCAUGCCACCACUGUCCAACGGCUACGUCCACAAGGGCACUGACGGUGUGUGUUAUGGUGACACAGGCAGCGAGGUGGACACCGAGGCCAACGGGAUGCCACACUGCCGCGUGGGCUCUCUGUUUACGGGACGGAGCAGCUUCCAUCCUGGGGAGCCUCGCGAGGGACUGGCUGGGGUGCAUACAGGUGGUGCAGGGCCGCUGGUCAUCUGCUCGGACUGCUACYACAACGCUAACAUCUACUCUCGAACCCGGGAGUACUGCCCCUAUGCCUACCUGGCUGAGGAUGACUCCCUUGACAAGAGUCUGUCAGGCAUCAUGGCCCACUUUCCUAAGGAGUCCUACAGGGAGCAGCACACCCAGCAUGAGGACACAGCCCUGGAGAGCCUCAUCAACAACCAGGACUCCUCAGUCUUCCUCACCAGCCACGACCUCACCAAGAGGCUGAGCACAGCCCUCAGCCCCCCAGAACAACACUACAGCACCGAUGUUCCCUCCAGGUUGUUUUGGGGCAAAGGAGAGGACUUGUCUACAGUGCCCCAACCAGGUCUGUCUCAGCAGCCAGUGAAUGUGCACAAGACUCCCCACGUGUCCUCAGUUGGUGUGGGGGGAGAGGAGAGGAGUGGAAAGGGGGAUGCCUCACUUUCCCAGAGCACACAGGACCACAUAAGUGCCUCUUAUAGGACUAAGCCUCAAGAGCACACCCACUCCCCCAUAUAAAGCCUCUUCCCUAUACACCCGGCCAUCCUCUCUCACUUGGUCCUCUGCUCCAGCCACUACCUCCAAAGAGACGUAUCACUUUCUGCCAAAAAUGCUUUCUUGUAUGUUUACAUUACUUUCAAUCACGCAGAGACAAUUUGUUCCUACGAAUUUGAAAAGGAACUGAACAGGUGACUAACCACCUCCCUUUCCACCUCCACCUCCCUUUCCUCCCACUCCCUCUCUUUCUAGAGGAAACUGAAUGUAUCCAUCAAAGAGCCAUUUUGGAUGCUUCCUUUUUGAUUUUUAAGACAUCAGAAGUUUGAAACGUGCUAACACUGUCCUCUGUACAGAAGUAGGGAAUGGCAGCAGUGUUGGUGGAUCUCCUGAGCGUUGUGCUUUACACUUGCAGUUGCCACAUUAUUUCUACAGUCACUUGUUGGAGCAGCCUUCAUGAUUUAAGGUACAAGUCCAGGACCACCUCUGCUCUCUCAUCCAGGACUAGAGGGGCCAGAGACCCCAGUCGUUGCUUGUUCAGCAGUGAGUGGUACGUACCUAACAGGGCCUAUAGGUCAAGAAGGACCCUCACUGAAUGGAUCCCACCUCUAGCCAUCUGUAUCGACUAACAGUCUGCUAUUAUACAAACUCAGAGACUGACAUCAGACAUGGUGUGUCUAUAUGCAAUAUUAUCAAUGUAUCUUAAGCUCAGAUUGUUUUCCCGUGUGUCAAAUGGAGGCAGUCGUACCAACAAUCUUUUUCUAUUUUUGUUGUAUGAAAGCGCACUGUCAAAACAAAGAAAAUAUUCGGUAUUGCACAUUUGACAAUCAUGGUUUCGGUGGCCUCUUUAUGAUGGUUCUGUCAGAGGGUUUUCAACAGGCAUUCUCAGUAACACUCCAACAGGUAUGGUUUCUCGUCACCUAUAUGCACUGAUCAUAUUUUCCUCAAAAUAUCAUUUUACAGGCACUUACCUCUCAUGGUGGUAUGUUUUAUUAUGCAGUGUGCAUGCCAUUUUAGAUUCCUAGAAGGAUAAUAUGCCUUUACCCCCAAUUUCAUCAACCUUAGAUACUGACCAGAUUUUACCUUUGGACUGUGAAGAAUGUAUUAUAUGUAUGUGUACAUAUGGUCAUUCAUCUAUUCAAUACUAUGUCCCUCAAGACCUAAGCAGAAUCAUUUUAUUCCUAAACUGCAGUAAGUUUUUAUUUUAUUUGUUGCAUGUAUAUAUGUCUGUCAGUAUUAUUUUUGUAGUUAGUCCUGGGUGAAUCCAAACUUGAUAUGGGAGGUUUCCACAACAUUGCUGAAAGACUUGGCCAUAAAUGUUGGUACUAAUUUCAACAAGCUUAAACAAAGGCUUUUAAUACUAGUUCUAUUUAUAUAAAGUCUGCAGUGUUUAUGUAGAAACAAACCUGUUUCCUUGCCUCAAAUAAAAUCACUGAAUCAUUUUGGCAAUGGAGCAUGGAUACUUCAGAAUAAAAUGUAGAUUUGGGUAGGCUAUAAAAACACAUUGCGUAAACAUAAGUGUUUCUUGUCACAUGCUCUUUAUUUAACUGUUACAUAACGCAUUCCUGCUUGAAUCAAAACUUUUUGAGACAUUCCAUGUGGCAUUGCUUGAAGAAGCAUCUGGUACAAAACCAUUCUAAGCCCAUGCCACUGCAUUCAAUAUUAGCUUAAAUAGGGGUCACAGAUUACGCUCUCUGCUGGAUAAUUAAGGCAGGUAGUUAUUGUAGCUGAUCGCUUAACCAUCACACAUUUAUGACUCACUUUUUACCAACACGUUUUCGUGUCUGUUUUGUGUUGCUCUCAGAACAUCUUGUUUUUGUCAUUCUACCAAAGUUCAGCAGUAAUGCUCUGGCAAUAUUUACAAUGCUGCUUGUUUUCUGACUUGUUGAAGUUUUGCAUUUUGCCAAGUGUAUUUUUGAAUCCUGACUUACUUGUACAUUCUGUAAAGCAUGUAUAAAGAACAUUUUGUUUCUUGAAAUGUAGCUGUAAUUAAAAUAAUAAUCACAAAUUCUGAUAAUUCUGACCA